CUAUAGGAAUGUGGAGGCUGUGUGUGUAUGUGUAUGUGCGUGUGCAUGUGAACACAUUCACAUGUGCCUUCAUUUGUGUAUUUCUACCUAUAAACCUAUAUAUGUGUUUGGAAUGAACGUAUGUGUAUAUGUGUUCAAAUUGUAGAUCAUUGUAUGUAUCCAUCACACUAACAUCAGCAAUGCCUUAUUCUUUCUCAUUAACAAGUUAAGUUCAACAGAAGCUCCAACAGAGGCAAUAGGCUAAUGUUCAAUGGAAAGAAAAAUACCUAAAACAGUCACUUCAGAUAAUGUAUGAGCCUUUAAGUUAAUGCCUAAAAUUUUUCUUACAGAGCAUAUAAAUGUAAAUGUUUAUACCCUCAAUAUAUAUCUGAGAAGGUCUUACAUUUUACUUUACAUUGGACAUUAGUUAUAACUUUGUGGGUGAGUCAGAAUAGAUGUGAGAUGACUUUCUUCCUUGUAUUUCUGUCUGGGGAACAGCAUGAAUGGCUGUAGCAGUGUGGGUAAAUUUUUGUAUAUUUCAUGUUUUGAUGUGAAGGUGUAUUUGUGCUUCUGUUAAUCUCAACUCUUUCCUCCCACAGCUGCUUCAAAUUCUCAGGCUUCAUUGUCAUGGAAGGAGCUCAUAGGUAGAUGUCUUCUCUCUUUUACUCUUUUUGUUUUGUGAAAAGUGCCUCCUAUGAACCUGGCUUCUCAUCCCUAUUCCACUCCUAUUCUUUCCCUGUAUUCAUUAAGCAGCAGCCUUUUUUUUUUUUUUUUGGUAGUAUCUAUGAAGCUCCAAACUGUUAUAACAAAUAGGAAUUUUAUAUCAGAUAGAAUAGGUAAUGGAAUACCAGGAGGACCUCUGAUGGUGGUCAGGCACCAGAUGUACAGAAUUUUAGAUGCACAGGCUAGAAUAGACCUAUCCAAUUCUGGAGUGAUCUAAAUUGAGGCCAUUAUGAUAGUGGGCCAAAUCAAGCCAGGGGCCUAUUUUUAUAAAUAAAGUUUUAGUAGAACCAGCCAUGCCCAUUCAUUUACAUAUUAUCUAUGGCUACCUUCUAGCUAAGAUGGCAGAAUUGAGUAGCUGAAACAGAGACCCAAAAGCCUAAACUAUUUACGGAAUUUUACAGAAGAAAUUUGCUAACAGUUAUCUAGAUCAGCAUUCCCCAAAGCAGUUCUACAGAGCACUAUUGUCCAGGAGAAAAUAACUUUGCUUUUGGGAAAGGGUUAUAUAGUCAUUUUAGACCAGAAAAUGCUGGAUUAAACCAAGUUAAACAGCCUUUUUUUUUUCUUUUUUUACUAUAGGUCAUUUCAGAUCCUUUCACAUGCUACAUGCGUUGAGAAACUCUAAAAGGAGAUAGAGGGUGUAUUCCCUUUAACUUAUUUGACCACUGGACUUCUUUUCCACAGCUUUCUUACUAAUACCUUGCAAAAUCGUGUUCAAAGGAACACUUAUUUGAGAAAUGCUAACUUAGACAUUCACUUGACAGAAGUUUGAACUUGAUAACUGACUCCUUGGAUUAUUUUUCUAGUUGCAUAAAGUGAAAAACUAUGUAAUAUAGUAUUUAAGCAUAUGGACUAUGGCUUUAGACAAACCUUAAUCUUAAGUAAGUCUCUAUCACUUACUAGCUGUUGAACUUUGGACAAAUUAUCUAAUGCGAUAAGCAGGACUGACUACAUAAUUGAUGGGCUAUGCUACAAAAUGAAAACACAGGACCCCUUGUUCAAAAAGUAUUAAAUCCAAGAUAGCGACAGCAGAGCAUUAUACCAAUGGGCCCUUCUGAGCACAAGACCUGUGUGCAGAUUGUAUAUGCAUGAACUUAUAACCCUGGUAACAAAUUUCAGUUUCCUCAACUAUAAAAUGUGGAUAAUACCUACUUCAUGGGAUUAUUGCAAGAAUUCAAUCAGAAAUAUAUAUAAAGAGCCUAGUAAAAUAUCUGGCACAGAAUAGGCAGUAAUAAAUGACUUGUUUUUAAUUCAAAAGUAUUUAUAGCCAUAUUCAGUAACCUAUUUGUUGAGUGUCUACUAUGUGCCAGGCACCACACUAGGUACUUAGGAUAUUAUGGUGAAGAAUACAAAUAAGGUCCCUGUCUUCAUGUAGAUUAUUGUUUAGUGGGAAAGACAGAUAAAAAAUAAACAAUUGUUAAUUAUGAUAAGAGCUAUAAAGUGAAAACAAGGUGCUGGGAAAGGAAAUAAUAGAGAGGAUCUGCUUUAAAUUGGGUGGUCAAGCAAGUCCUCUUCUAGGAAGUAAUGUUUAAGUUGAGAUCUGAAGGAUAAAAAAAAAAAAAAAAGCUCUCCAUGGAAAUAGCAGAAAGGGUGUUCCAGGCAGAGAGAAAAGCUACUAGAAAGGCCCUGAAGUGGGAAAGAACAUGGCAUUUGUGAGAAACUAAAAGUAAGCUAGUGUGUCUUUAGGGACUGAGAAGGUGAGUGAUUUGUGGCACACCUUGUAGGGUAAGGUUUUGGAUUUUAUACGAAGUGCAAUGAAAAGCUUUUGAAAGAUUUCAGGUAUGGUAGUCACAUGAUGUAAUUGAUAUUUUUAGAAGAUCAUGUUGGCUGCUGUGUGGAGAGGAGCCAUAGAUAAGCUAGAGUAAAUGAAUAGUAGGAGUCUAUUUCUUUCUCCAGGAAACAGUUAGUAGUACCUUGUAUUUGGUUGGUAUUUGAGAAUGUAGUGAUAAAUAAGUGUAUUGAAGGCUUAUGAUAGGCCUUGUUAAUUGAUUGGAUGUGGAGGAUUCAAGGGGAAAAAAUAAAUAAAGAAUGGCUCCUAAUAUUUUUCUGGGCAACUGGGUGACAUCAUUUGAUUGAGAUGACAUGCCUGCGGAGGGUUUUUUUUUUGGGGGGGGGGAGGGCACCCACACAGAAAUCCAGAGCUCAGGUUUAGGCAUGUAAAAUAAGAUGUCCAAGUGGAGAUGGUGAUAUUAGUUAUAGCUGUUGUUUUGUAUUGUUGUCUAGGAUUCCGUGAUUACUAACUCUUGGUGUCACCUCAUUAGAUUCCCGGGAAAUAUUUAGAAAACAUCUGAAAGAAAAAUACCUAAACAUAGGAGUCCAUAAAUGUUAUCAUGGCAAUCACAUAGAGUCACGGCUGCUUCUUGUAAAAGAACAUGGUAUAUCAGAAAAGACGCCAUGUGGGAUUCCUCAACAAGAUAAUUUUAUUGAUAUGGGACAUGUAUUUGAUCCUGACGAAGAGGGCUGCAGCUCAUCCCAAACUGUGGUGCUUCAGGGAUGUGCUGGGAUUGGGAAAACAGCUGUGGUGCACAAGUUCAUGUUUGACUGGGCAGCAGGAAUGGUUACUCCAGGAAGGUUUGACUCUCUCAUCUAUGUAAACUGCAGAGAAAUAAGCCAUAUUGCUAACCUUAGUGCUGCUGACCUAAUCACUAACACUUUUCAAGAUAUAGAUGGACCAAUCCUGGACGUUAUUCUUGUGUAUCCAGAGAAGCUUCUUUUCAUACUUGAUGGAUUUCCUGAGCUCCAGCAUCCUGUAGGUAACCUGGAAGAGGAUCUUAGUGCUAACCCCCAGGAGCAGAAACCAGUAGAGACCCUCUUACAUAGUUUUGUGAGGAAAAAACUGUUCCCUGAAUCCUCCCUGCUGAUAAUUGCCCAGCCUGCAACCAUGAAGAAGCUCCACUCUCUGUUAAAACAAUCUAUCCAGGCCGAGAUCAUUUGGUUUACAAAUGCUGAAAAGAGAGCAUAUUUCUUGAGUCAGUUUUCAGGUGCUAAUGCAGCAAUGAGAGUCUUUUAUGAGCUGCAACAAAAUCAAAGCCUUGACAUUAUGUCCUCUCUUCCCAUCAUCUCCUGGAUGAUCUGUAGUGUCCUGCAGUCACAGGAAGAUGGUGACAGGAGUCUUAUGAGGUCACUUCAGACCAUGACUGAUGUGUAUCUGUUUUACUUUUCCAAGUGCCUCAAAACCCUUACAGGUAUCUCAGUGUGGAAGGGACAAAGUUGUCUGUGGGGCCUUUGCUCUUUGGCUGCAGAGGGACUACAGAACCAACAGGUCCUAUUUGAAAUCCAUGACCUCAGGAUACAUGGGAUAGGGGUAUAUGAUAUCAAUUGCACUUUUCUAAAUCACUUUUUGAAAAAAUCUGAAGGAAGUGUCAAUGUCUACACUUUCCUUCACUUCAGUUUCCAAGAGUUCUUGACUGCUGUGUUCUAUGCCCUAAAGAAUGACGGCAACUGGAUGUUUUUUGAUCAAGUGGGGAAAACGUGGCAAGAAAUAUUCCAACAAUAUGGGAAAGGGUUUUCAUCAUUAACGAUACAGUUCUUGUUUGGCCUCUUACGUAAAGGAAAGGGAAAAGCUGUGGAAACUACUUUUGGAAGAAAAGUCUCCCCAGGACUUAGAGAGGAAUUAUUGAAAUGGACUGAGAAAGAAAUAAAGGAUAAAUAUUCUAUGUUACAGAUUGAGCCAAUGGACUUAUUUCAUUGUUUGUAUGAGAUCCAGGAAGAAGAAUAUGCAGAAAAGAUAAUUGGUGAUUUACAAUCAAUUAUAUUGCUUCAACCUACCUACACAAAAAUGGACAUUCUGGCUAUGUCAUUCUGUGUAAAAAGCAGUCACAGUCAUCUGUCAGUGUCUCUGAAGUGUCAGCACCUAAUUGGAUUUGAGGAGGAAGAGCAAGCCUCUGCAUUCAUGACACCAGUCUUUACACUUAAUCAGUCCUUCAAGCUACACAAUUUGCCAGUGUCUCGGCUACACUUGCUCUGCCAAGCACUACGUAAUCCAUGCUGUAAAAUCAAAGACCUGAAACUGAUUUUCUGCCACCUCACAGCUUCUUGUGGUAGGGACCUCUCUUUAGUAUUUGAAACUAACCAGUAUUUGACAGAUUUGGAAUUUGUAAAAAAUACCCUGGAAGAUUCAGGAAUGAGGCUUCUGUGUGAAGGAUUAAAGCAGCCAAACUGUGUCUUACAGACAUUGAGGUUGUACCGAUGCCUUAUAUCUCCUGCUUCUUGUGGGGCACUAGCAGCUGUUCUCAGCACCAGUCAGUGGCUCACUGAUCUGGAAUUUAGGGAAACAAAAUUGGAAGCUUCAGCUCUGAAAUUGCUCUGUGAAGGCUUAAAAGAUCCAAAUUGCAAAUUACAGAAGCUCAAGUUGUGUGCUAGCUUUCUCCCUGAAAGCUCAGAGGUUGUUUGCAACUAUCUUGCCUCUGUUCUCAUUUGCAAUCCAAACCUCACUGAGCUUGACCUGAGUGAAAAUCCCCUGGGGGAUACAGGGGUGAAGUAUCUUUGUGAAGGUCUCAGACAUUCCAACUGUAAAUUGUUUGUGUUCGCCAAUACCCUAGGGGACAUAGGAGUACAGCAUCUCUGUGAAGGUCUGCAGCAUGCACAGGGUAUAAUCGAGAGUCUUGUGCUUUCCCAGUGUUCCCUUUCUGCGGCUUGUUGUGAGUCCCUCGCCCAAGUCCUGAGCUCCACCUGGAGCCUGAUAAGGCUGCUUCUAAUUAAUAACAAAAUUGAAGAUUUGGGACUGAAAUGGCUGUGCGAAGGAUUAAAACAGCCUGACUGUCAGUUAAAGGAUCUGGCACUGUGGACCUGCCACCUGACUGGAGAGUGUUGUCAGGAUUUUUGCAAUGCACUCUACACCAAUGAGUACCUCAGAGACCUUGACCUCAGUGAUAAUGCCUUAGGGGAUGAGGGUAUGCAGGUGCUGUGCGAAGGGCUGAAACACCCCUCCUGUAAACUACAGACCUUGUGGUUAGCAGAAUGUCAUCUCACAGAUGCGUGCUGUGGAGCCCUUGCCUCUGUCCUCAACAGAAAUGAGAACCUGACACUGCUAGACCUAAGUGGAAAUGACCUCAAGGAUUUUGGAGUGCAAAUGCUGUGUGAUGCACUGAUUCAGCCAAUAUGUAAACUACAGACAUUCUACAUUGACUCGGAUCAUUUACAUGAAGAAACGUUCAGAAAGAUGGAAGCUUUAAAAAUGAGCAAGCCUGGAAUCACCUGGUAGUUUCCAAGGAAAGCCCCUGAAUCAGCUGCAUAUAGAUCCCUCGAUCUGCCCCCAUCUUUAACAGUUGUGCAAUAUUCUUGUUCUAAACCUGUUAACCAUUGCCAAGGACCCUAGUGUGAAACAAACAGCAGUGAUUUCUAUUUCUUACAUAGAAUCAUCCACUAAGUAGGAUGUGAAAGGCAGAGGCACUUUAGUUCAAAUGUCUUCAGCAAUAAUACCUUACAUUUAUAUGUUGUGUUAUAAUGUUUACUAUGUUCUCACAGAAACCCUCAAAAGUGGGAAGAUGAGGCUCAGAGAGGCUGUGACUAGCUCUAGGUCACACAGCUCAUUAGUGAGAGAAUUGGGACUGGAAUCUAGCCAGGUUUUACAAUACCCAGACCAGACAGAGAAACAAUAGAAAAAGAAUGUGAAGGAGUCAACUUAAAGAAACAAGAUACUUGAAAUGAUUAAAGGGCAAGAGAGUAUACAAACAUAUAUCUUAUGGUGCUGAUUUUAAGUAAAACUAAUUCACAAAGGAAAGAGUGGAAUGAGUUCCAUUAAUAGGGAAAGGCUUCAUGGAGAUGCAACUUGAUGUGGGCCUUGAGAAUGAGCAGGAUUGAGAUGGGGGGAGAUACAUAGGCCAGUGGCUGUAAGACUGCAGGCAACAGGGCUGUGUUUGUGAGCCGCUCGCCAAAAGCGCCUAGGGAGAGAAAAAUGUUUGCAUUAGAGUUUCCUGAGCUGUGGCAGUAUCUACAUUCUAGCUGAGGGUGUUCUCUAGUUUCCAGGCUCAACUCCUUUUCUGAACUUCUAAUACCCCAUGUGUUUGUUCUUAUUCAUGGACUCCUAUGGCUGACUCACCCCUCAUCCGUGACAACAAAUUGCAUGGCCUAGCAUGGAUCCUACACAACCCCAUGUUUCUCUCUGCCUAGCUUCUACAAAACACCAGAUGAGACAAGUGGAGGAAGGGAAUGCCAGGCAAAGAAAAUAGCACAAAGUCCAUGAUAUAGGAGUUAAUGUGGUAUGGGAUGGGCAGAAAAGUAGGCUGACCUAAUUAAGAUACACAGGUGUCUCUGGAAGCUACUUGACUAGCUGUGUGACCCUGAACAAGUCAACUUGGAUUGUAACAGUUUCUAUUUUCUCAUCUGUAAAAUGGGGAUAACUUCACAUUAACCUUAUAUGGCUGUUGUUCCUGAUAUGGUGCUGACCCACAGUAGGUACUAUAAUGGUAGCUAUUUGUAUGAGUGUGUAAAUGUGAUACAGCUCAGCUGUGUAGUCUUUGAGCUCCCAGAUUUUCCUGCUGUGUAGUCAGUGUUAACUGUGCAUUUGCACUAAAUGUGUGUGCUGGAGACAGUAUAUCUAGUGGGGGAAGAGACACAUAGUGGGAAGUUACUGCCCGCUAGAGGUCUAGCUGCUCCAUGUCCUCGUCCAUCAUCAUAUGUUGUUCCUUGCUGCCCUGGGAGAUGGUAACUUUCGGUCCGGAGACUACAUCUGGCCUGAGAUGGUCAAAACAGCACUUUGUUUCCAGUUUUCUUAAGUUCUUUCCUUUUAGUUAUUUAAAACUUAUUUAUUGACAAUUAUUAUGUGCCAGGUUUUGUGCUAAGUAUUGGCUUUACAGAGAUGAAUAUGCCUUUUCCUGUGCACAUCCCCCUCCAUCUUCUCUGACUGCCCUUGUCCCUCUGUCAGUCUGGUAAAAAUCUGAUAAAACUCAGUCACAGUAAGAACUCAGAAAUAUAAUGUUGAAUGAAAGAUUGCAGAACUCUGUGUGUGGGUCUUUGUGUGUGUGUCCCAUUUGUGUAUAAAAGGAUAAAUACACAUGUAUGUGUGUGUGUCCAGAAUAUGUGUGGAAGAAUAUAUACAGGAAAUUGCCAAUAGGAGUUAUCUCUGUUAAGAGGAAUUUGGCAAAGAGGGGCCAUUUUUAUCUAUAGCCCUUUGUUCUACUUGAUGUUUUUACCAUGUGCAUGUAUUAAUUUUAUAAUUAAUAAACUUGAUGUUAAAAAUAAAACUCA